GAGCAGGCGGCCGCGGCGUCCCUCUUGCCCUGGGCUCUCGGUUCCUUCGCCUCGGCGUGCGUUCGGCAGUUCGCCUGCCCGUUGAUGAGUCCACAGAUGCUCACUGGAAACCGUCGACAGGGCUGCCGCCUCCCCUCCAUCUCAAGCGCGACCUGUGGUGGCGAGCUGGAGAAGGUUCCAGAGAAAAGGGACUCUGGCAUGACCAAGGUGGAGAGGACCUACAGUGCUAGCUGCAGUGAUUUUCUGGAAUCUAAGGGAUGUUUUGCCAACACAACAUCCUCUGACAAAAGUGUCAGUUCCUCUUCUUCUGUUGAAACAGGCUCAAGCAUCAGUGAAUCUCCAGGCCUCCCCAGAGUGUCUGCUUACCUAGACAGCACUGCUGACUUGGAUCGGAAAUCCUCCUCCUCACAUUCUGAGCACUCCUCUGAUACAUCAUUGCCUGAAGUCCAAAAGCAUAAGUAUCCUGAGGAAUUCAGCCUGCUUAAGUUGCAGACAAAAGAUGGGCAUCGUCCUGAGUGGACAUUUUACCCGAGGCUUAGCAGCAAUAUCCACACCUACCAUGUUGGAAAGCAGUGCUUCUUUAAUGGAGUCUUCCUCGGCAACAAGAGGUCUCUAUCAGAGAGGACGGUGGACAAAUGCUUUGGGAGAAAGAAAUACGAUAUUGAUCGAAGGAAUGGAAUCCCAAAGCUAACUCCAGGGGAUAAUCCAUAUAAGUACCCAGAACAGAGUAAAGGCUUUCACAAAGCAGGAUCAACACUCCCACCAGUGAACUUUUCAAUAGUGCCUUAUGAAAAGAAAUUUGAUACAUUUAUUCCACUUGAGCCUCUUCCACAAAUUCCCAACUUGCCUUUCUGGGUGAAGGAGAAGGCCAACAGUUUGAAGAAUGAGAUACAAGAGGUUGAGGAGCUUGACAACUGGCGGCCGGCGGUGCCCUUAAUGCAAAAUCUACUCUUUUCUGGUGCUUUGGACCUUCCAAGACAAUCCUGAGCAUAAACAGGCCCACAAAACAUGUGCUGACUGCACUCUGGCGAGCCUUUUCCAGUUGAUGGUUUUUGUCAUGUGACUGUUCUAAAUCCAAUGUUUGACUCU